AUGUCCCUCCUUCAAGAUGUGUGGAACAGGCUGAGAGUGCAGUGCCAUAAACAACUCUGUGAUGUCUGGAACCCUAACAUGACCCCUGUCUGCCGAAAGACUUCCCUGUCCUCCCUUGGCUUCCACUCCUCUAUCUGUGACCUCGCCCUCCAAUCUGGACCUCCAACCCUCAAGCUUGGAAGCCACUCCUUGACCUUCAGACAUGGCCAGUGGGUAAGGCAUGGCAGAGCCUGGGAGAAGUCCAGGCUUCAAAGCCUAGGCUGGAGGCUGCAGAGUCUGGAGGAGGAGAACCGCGAGCUGAAGUUGAGGCUGGAGGUCCUGAUAGACCUGCUGGUGGACACCACAGUCCAUAUGCAUACCUUAGAGAGGGAAGUCAGUGAGAUGGAACGAGUCAGACAGGUCAGACACCCUGAGAAAAAUGUUGCCAAAGAGAAGGGUCCAUCAAUGACUGGGUGA